AUGGCCUUUCAAGUUCUGCACGAGUCCCCACUUGCACCAGCAAUAAGAGCCAGCGAGACUCACAAAUCGCAUUUCAACGGGAGAAUGGCAAAUAGGUUCAAAAGACUAAUGGCUAACACUUUCGAAAAGAUGAUGUUCGUCUCUGGAGAGACAGCCGAGCCGUCCCCUGAAACGACCACCCUGAUUGAAGAGAUCACCCGACAGCAAGUCAUCGAGAUUCUCACUCGCAGCACCGCUUUGGCAACUCGCCGCGGUGUCCGUUCGAUCUCUACUGACGACCUUAUCUUCCUGAUCCGCCACGACAAGGCAAAAGUUUCUCGCCUUCGAACUUUCCUCUCUUGGAAAGAUGUCCGCAAAAACGUCAAAGACUCCGACGACAAGGGCGGUGGUGAUGCCGCGGACUUUGCUGCCGAUGAUGCGGCGGGAGCUGUUGCAGGCCCGGCCGACGUGGCUGCCAAACCCAAGAACAAAAAAGCCAAAGUCGGACUUGCUUGGGAUGUCAACAGUUUCUAUUCCAUCCAAAUUCCAGAACGCGAAGACGAAGAGGACGAGGAAGAAGAAGAGCAGAACUACGCAACCCUGCAGCGUCUUGCAGCCGCUGACGAGCGCACUCGACACAUGACCAAGGAAGAGUAUGUGUUCUGGUCUGAGUGUCGACAAGCAUCAUUCACAUACCGAAAGAGCAAGCGGUUCCGUGAGUGGGCCGGCUUCGGUAUUGUAACCGAGUCCAAGCCCAACGACGACAUUGUGGAUAUUCUUGGGUUCCUCACUUUCGAAAUUGUCCAGACUUUGACCGAGGGUGCCCUCAAGGUCAAGGAGCGCGAAGACAACGAGAAGAAUCGGCGCGGUGGUGCCGAUGCGGGCGAGAACUUGAAGAAACGCAAGCGGGAGACUGGUCUCUUUGACCCGCCCGAGGAGGGGCGCACACCCAUUGAACCGCGACACGUUCGUGAAGCAUACCGCAAGUUGCAGGCGACCCCUCAAAAGGCGGUUGCAAUGCUGCUACAUGAGGGCCGCAUCCCAGCCCGUCUACCUCUGGUUUUGAUUUGA